CAGAUCUGUGUCGUCUCGUUCAGACCCGGAACGAGAUUGUGAUUACAAGCUCUCCCUUUUUCAUUUCAAAUUGAUCCCUUGAAGCCUGAUAGACUCUAGCAGUCACAUUGCUAUUGUAAUACACAAUACACGGACCUGGGCUGUUCUGAGUCGAGAGUCGCAAAGUAUUGGUGGCUAAGAUGGCGAGUGACCUCUGUCCGGUUUAUUCAGUAUGUCUCCUGCUCCCUAGGUCAAAACCACUCCCAUACCAGCGUAUCGAGUCUUUCACUACACCAUUACAUACCUGAUGUCCUUCUUGAAGUAGCUCAGUGUCAAGCUUGAUGUUUGGGUGAAAAGUUAUUUAGAAAAGAAAGAAACAAUCAUCGUUUGUCUUUGGCGGAAUGGAUACUGACAAUCCCACGCUCAGCCGUUUUUCUCGGCCAUGGGAUGCGCCAGCGCAAUCAUCUUCUCAUGUUUCGGAGCAAGUUAUGGCACAGCAAAGUCUGGCAUCGGUAUCAUGGCCUCGGGGAUAUUGCGUCCUGACCAAAUGAUCAAAAGCUGCAUGCCCACUGUAAUGGCUGGCAUCAUUGCAAUCUACGGACUGGUCAUCUCUUUGCUCAUCAGCUCGACCAUUUCCUCAACGAGACCGACACCUCUUGCGGCAUCAAUGACGCACUUUGGCGCAGGUCUGGCCGUUGGUCUAUCAGGUCUCGCAGCAGGUUUCUCAGUUGGUAUCGUUGGUGAUGCGGGAGUCCGAGCCAGUGCACAACAACCAAGAUUAUUCACUGGCAUGAUGUUGAUAUUAAUCUUUGCUGAGGUGUUGGGUUUGUACGGUAUGAUUGUGGCGUUGUUGAUGGUCAGUGGGGUCGAGGUGGAAAACGCUUGUUGAGACUGUACAUAGCUUUGAGUGUGCGUGCCUGGCUAGGCGGUCACCCAACCAGGUAGAAAGCCGGAGAUGAGGGUGGCGAUAAUGGAUACGUGAUCCAUUGUGGCUAAAAAGAGAAGAGGAAAGUGUCAAAACUACUAAUCGAAGAAGGUGGACUUGUGGGAAGAGAAGG